CCUCUAUAUGAAACGGACUAUAGGCAAUACGUACAUAGGUGCCGGGUGGGUAUAGCACUGUUAAACUUUGCAUCAAAUCGACAGAUCAAUAUACACUGGCGCUGGUCAUCCCAGACCAGAAACGACCAGGGGACAAGAUGACCAUCACAAAACUAGCCAUAGUUGUCAGAACAAAUGUUCCAAAAUCUGCUAUACAGAAGGACUUCCUGGGCCAGCUAUCAUCAUACCUGGCCAAAAAAUACAAAACGGAAACACAGAAAGUGUCGACACAUGUUGAAUCAGCCUUUAUUAACCAGCACGUGGUUCUAGAGAUUCACGGUGACAUCAUGAUGAUCCGUGGUGGUCAGACGACACCUAUGUUGAACAUGAAUAUCUAUCAUAACUGUGACAUGAUAACCCAGGCAACCAAGCACGAUGACGCCGGUACCAUAGCCAAGUUUGUAAACGAAUCAGUCAGCAUUCCCGUCGACAGGGUAUUGGUGCUUUUCUUCGAUACAAGAAAAUGUACAUGACAGCACAACUAUAUGCCCGCCUAGAAGGUCCUAAUGAAGAUCGGCUGAGUUUGUUGAUGAAGACAUGAAGUGAUUUAAAGACGCACGUUCUUUUAGUAUUAAUUCAUUUUAUUAAAUAGACGUUAUUUUCAUUCUAAUUUUCACAUUUAAAGAACUCUUAUCCAGUAACCUAAAUGCUGUGGUAUUAUCGCCAAUAUAUUAAUGUCUAGAAUAUUGCGUGUCAAACGAUUAGGCAGAACAUUUGAUAAAACAAUGACAUCGGUUAACUUAAACGAUCAAAGCAUAUACUUUCCUUGCGGCUAGGAGACUUAAAUCUACCAGCAAAUCAACCUUCAUAUAUUUAAUCAAUCAUUUUACAGUAGUUGUGGUGGCAAAUGCCAUUUUUGAUUCGUAAUUUAAUU